AUGUCGUUCGGGGGGCAGACACCGACGAUUAUCGUCCUGAAAGAGGGCACCGACACCUCGCAGGGCAAAGGGCAGAUUAUCUCUAACAUCAACGCCUGCUUAGCGGUUCAGGCCACGAUCAAGUCGACACUCGGUCCCUAUGGCGGCGACUUAUUAAUGGUGGAUGCGAAUGGCAAGCAAACCAUUACUAACGAUGGGGCCACCGUCAUGAAGCUCUUGGACAUUGUCCACCCGGCUGCCCGAAUUCUCGUCGACAUUGCCCGGUCGCAAGAUGCGGAAGUGGGCGACGGAACAACCUCGGUGGUCGUCUUGGCUGGCGAGAUCUUGAAGGAGAUCAAGGAGCAUGUGGAGGCCGGUGUCAGCUCACAGAUCAUCAUCAAGGGGCUGAGGAGAGCUUCAGCUAUGGCGGUUAACAAGAUCAAGGAGAUCCAAAUCAGCACAGACGAGGCUAACAAGAGGGAUACGCUGGGGAAGUUGGCUGCGACCGCCAUGACGAGCAAGCUCAUCAAGCGCAACACCGACUUCUUCACAAAAAUGGUCGUCGACGCCGUCCUUUCCCUUGACCAAGAAGAUCUCAACGAGAAGUUAAUAGGCAUUAAGAAGAUCCCCGGUGGCUCGCUGACAGAGUCACUCUUUGUCAACGGCGUGGCUUUCAAGAAGACCUUUUCAUACGCCGGCUUCGAGCAGCAACCCAAAUCGUUCAAGAAGCCAAAGAUUGUGUGCCUCAACGUCGAGCUCGAACUGAAGGCCGAGAAGGACAACGCCGAGGUCCGCGUCGAGCAGGUGUCUGAGUACCAGGCGAUUGUCGAUGCCGAGUGGCAAAUCAUCUACAAGAAGCUAGAGGCUAUUUACAAGACAGGCGCCAAGGUGGUCCUGUCCAAGCUGCCCAUUGGUGACCUGGCGACGCAGUACUUUGCCGACCGCGACAUCUUCUGCGCCGGCCGCGUCUCCGCCGACGACAUGGAGCGCGUUGUCCAGGCCACAGGCGCCACCAUUCAGAGCACCUGCUCCGACAUCCACCCGGACCACCUGGGCACGUGCGGCAGCUUCGAGGAGCGUCAAAUUGGCGGCGAGCGCUUCAACUUCUUCGAGGACUGUCCGGAGGCCAAGACAUGCACCUUGGUGCUGCGCGGUGGUGCCGAGCAGUUCAUUGCCGAGGUCGAGCGGUCGCUGCACGACGCCAUCAUGAUCGUUAAGCGCGCCAUCCGCAACAAGACCAUCGUUGGCGGCGGUGGCGCCACCGAGAUGGAGGUGUCGGCGUACCUACACCGGUUCGCCGAUCAGGACGUCCGCAACAAGCAGCAGGCCAUCAUCAAGAGCUUUGCAAAGGCUCUGGAGAUUAUUCCGCGACAGCUUUGUGACAACGCGGGCUUCGACGCGACCGACAUCCUCAACAGGCUGCGCGUCGAGCACCGGCGGGGUAACACUUGGGCGGGUGUAGACUUCCUGAACGAGGGGGUCGCCGACAUGAUGGAGCGCUUCGUGUGGGAGCCGGCCUUGGUGAAGGUCAACGCCAUUCAGGCGGCGACUGAGGCCGCUUGCCUUAUUCUAGGAGUCGAUGAGACGAUCCGCAAUGAGGAGAGCCAGACGCCACAAGCGCCGGGGAAGCCCUUGCCCCCUGGAACGGCCCAGCGGGCGCUUCGUGGGCGCGGUCGGGGCAUGCCCAGGCGGUGA